AUGGACCAUCCAGACGUGGCUCCCGAUAUUGGACGCCAUCCUUUGCAAACCUCCAAUAUCUUGCCGCAGAACCCACAGCACCAGUCACGCAUCCGCCCGAAAGCAGCAGAGCCAUUGCGAUCAAGCUCGAACAUCACUGUGCCCAGAAGCAGAAGGCCCUCGAGAUCGCGAGGUUCGACUGCGAGCAUCCACUCCAACACCACCCAAUCCCAAUAUCACCCUGACCAUUAUGUCCCCACGACAUACCCAUCCUAUAUGCAACCAGAUAAUGGCACAAAUCAGCAAAUGUAUCCUUCGAACCCAGAGGAGAUGAUUAUCCGCUUUGGAGCCCAGCUGGCCAAUACUUCUUCUUCUCAUCAUGGUACUGCUCUUGACCCAAUUGUUAUUGACCCAAAUUUGCAAGCAUACGCUGCUGCUGCUGAAGCCCUCGUGUUCGAAACUAACUUCGCGUAUCAAGGCCCCGACCUUCAACUCCAUGGUCUCCCUAUUCAUGGCCCAUCAGCAGAGCUACCCCCGAACGGUGUCACGGGCGAUGUUCAUCCCGAUCACAGCCACUACCCUCCCCUGUAUGAUGGCGUUGAGAAUCAGAUCCCAGACCAUCUGAUGCCCGAUAACGAUGUCUCAGAAUCUGGCCCCCGGAAGCGGAGAAGCUCCACAACAACGCUCGCGAACGAUAAUGAGCUGCGUCGCUUGCUGCGUCAAUAUGAUGGAUAUUCGCUGCGCCAGAUGGCUGCUGAAGUGCAAAAGCAUGACGGCGCGGGAGGAAAGGCCGAGAAAGUUAAACAGGUCUUUGCUAUGAUAUGGUUAAGAGAGAACUGCCAGAAAAGCACAAAAUCUGUUCGUCGGGACCGCGUAUACUGUUCUUACGCAGAACAGUGCGGCACUGAGAGAGUUUCGGUCCUGAACCCAGCUUCCUUUGGCAAACUUGUUCGCAUCAUCUUUCCAAAUGUCCAAACUCGGCGACUGGGAGUCCGUGGGGAAUCUAAAUACCAUUAUGUUGAUAUGUCUCUUCGAGAGCAGGAUCGCAGACCUGCUGUAGAUAUUCUAGGCAACAAUGCUGGAGCUACUAGUGUUGCCCAGCAAAACGUUUCCAACGGCAACAUCAAUGGAGCCCAAGACAGGUCGACAAAUCCACCACACUCAAACAGCACUACUUCCUCUGAACCUAAUAUUCAGGGUAACAUCACUACAAACACGUCCUCAAAUCUUGUGACCAUGUCAUCAGAAGAUAAUUCGCUUGUUGAGACUCAUCAAGUGAUAGAUAACCUGCUUCACUUCAAUCAUCCAAAUGAGCCUGUACCGGUGGAGAGCGCGCUCUUUAAGCUUCCCAGUAUACAUGGAUACCUACCCUCACAUGCCGAUAGUGCAAAUGCUGAAGCUCUUGAGGCUCUAUAUCGCUCCCACUGCAUAUCAGUCAUCGACAGCUUUCGCUUUUGUAAAGAGAAAAAUUUCUUACGCCACUUUUCUUCCUUCCAAGGCACACUCACCGUUCCCGUUCACAAGGUCCUAACUCUCCCAGAGGUUGCUCCUUGGAUUAGAGAGUGUGAUUGGCUGAUGUACAAGAAGAUGAUUGCGUUUGUAGCACCCUUAACCACUCAGGUCGUCCCGGAGCCGGUGCUGAAUGCUUUCAAGUCCAUUUCCAAAGGACUAGUUACAUAUGUUCAAAAGUCUAUGAAAUCUCAUCCAGACCAUGUGGCAGAGGCUAGACUUAGUCCGGCACGCGUAUUCUGCCAUCUCCUGAAACGGAUGUUAGACGUCAACCAGUCCGCGAUUGCAGCCUCUGCAUGGCUUUCACAUGCCGACAAUAGAACGAGAAUGUGGCAGGAUUUCGUGUCGUAUAUUGACCCGGUCGAGAUUGCUGCCAAAGCAAAAAUCCCGUCUUGUUCCCUAGCAGGGGUAGUGAGUCUCAUGAAACAUCAGAUAAAGGCAUUGGUUGCUCCUGUCGAGGAUAACGACGAAUCCCCCGACGAUGUGCAACUGUACGAUGAGCAACUUGGGUUUCAGAAAUUUUCCUAUUCAUCCUCGGAUGAAGGUAAAUAUUCGCAAUUCCCCGAUCGAUGGAUCGCGUUCAUUUUAAACCUGCCACUCCUCUUCCCCAAUCAUCGACCGCAGUGCAUCAUCGACAAGGCAGAUGCCGUGUGGACGCUCUUGCUUCAUGGACUUACUCUUGGUGGCGCACAGAGCUUCAGCGCGUGGUGGAUGACCAAGGUGUUCUUUCUGGAGAUGAUGUGGUGGCAGGCUGAGAGGGCUGGAUUCAUGAGUUCCACCUCACAGGCGUUGCUGGAGUUGUCAUUCGUACAGGGAGUUAGCUAUGCUACAGCACCAGCGCCAGCACCAGCACCUUCAGCCCAGCGGUCGCAUACGGCACAACCGGGGACGGGGUCAGCUAAUUCUGCUUCAAAUUCAUCAGCGCAGGGAGGGGGAGAAGGGUCAGCACAACUUACGAACAUAUCCCCGAUAGCUCAGGCCAAUGAGACUCCAUCGUCGAUGUCUCCAGCCGCUAGUUCUGGGAAUGAAGAGAGUUCGAUUACGGUUGAGAAUGCGAAUGGGAAUGCGAAUGUGAAUCCUAGUAUUUCUCCUUCUGGUGGUGCUAACUUGAACAGCAACCAUGACGAUAGUGCGAUUGAUUUGGAUGAUGAUCCUGCGUCGGUUACUGAAAGCAAAUAUGGAGAUAUCACAGCGUCUGAUCCGGCUGAUGAGGAGGGACAGGUUGUUGUUGUAUAG